GUAUAAAGGCAAGUGACACCCAUCGACGAAGCUACCUUAGAUUGCCAUUAGAUCUCACUCAAGCUUUUGGAUCUUUCUGCAUCAUCGCUUGGGUCACACGACUGCCACUUCACUUAUUCCAAUUGGCACAAGAGUUCCACGAAACUUUGCUUCCCCAAGUAGGCUCAGACACUUGACAGCCAGCCCGCCCUGCGCCCUCGACUGUGUCCUGCACACGCUACUAUGACAGUCAACAACCCCAUCAGCCAGGGGGAUGCCCGCCGUGGCACUCAGGAACCCUCCUCAGUUCUCAUCGUGGGAGCUGGCAAUUUCGGUGCCUCUGCUGCUCUGCACUUUGCUAAGCAGGGCACGCCAGUGACCUUGGUUGACACUGCCCACUACCCCAACCCCAGGGCCGCCUCCCAUGACAUCAACAAGAUUGUCCGCGGUGACUACCCGGACACGCUCUACAUGGAGAUGCUCCGCAAAGCCAUGCCAUUGUGGCGGAAGGAUAAGCUCUACAGCCCGUGGUAUCACGAGGUCGGCAUGCUGAGGGCAGACCCAUCGGAUUUCGGGGACAGGAGCAUGCAGGCUUACCGGGAGGUUGGCAUUGCGAACGACUCGCGCUACAUGACUGUGGAGGAAGUCCGGGAGCGCUGGGAGGCGUACUCGACCUCCAACUUUGACGGCCUGAGCAAAGUCUUGUACAACCCAACGGUUGGCUUUGCCGAGGCUGACAAGGCACUUGGUGCGGUCGUGCAGGCGGCCAUCGACGCAGGCACCCACUAUGAGAUUGGCGAAAUGUCAUCCCUGGCACUGGGGCCCACGGGAGAAUGCAGGGGCAUCCAUCUGAAGGAUGGCCGCACUCUGUAUGCCAGUCAGAUCCUCAUGGCCACAGGCGCGAGGACACCUGCCCUCCUAGCGCAGAGUGCUCCGGGAAACAAGUAUCUGCACAUUGGUGACCGCCUGGUGGCCACAGGCGCCGUCAGCUUCCACGCCAAACUUCACGGCGCGCAGAAGGACAAGUUUGCAGCUGUCCCGGUGCUCAAGAACUGCAUGCCGCAGGUGAAGGGUGAGGGCAUGUCUAUCCUCCCAGACGGGACAAUCAAGUUCAACUGCGACAUGUGCUUCACAAACUAUCAGACAUUGUCUGCCACGGGUGAGAAGAUGUCUCUGGUUCCAGAGAGCAACUUCUUCAACACGUGGACGGACCGGAAGUUCCUCGACUUCUUCGAGAGACGUGCGCGCAUGACCAUCAACGGGCUCUACGGAGACGAGGUCAAGCAUGUCCCCAUUGAUGCGUACCGGAUGUGCUGGGAUGCUUCCACGCCGACUCAUGAUUUCCUCAUCACGGCGCACCCUCACUCCCAAAAUCUCUACAUCGCCACCGGCGGCUCCUUCCACGGUUGGAAGUUCCUGCCCGUCAUCGGGGACUACAUCGUCCAGCUAAUGGAGGGUACCUUGAGCGCUGAGCUCACCGAUCGCUGGGCUUGGGACAAGAAGGGCGGUGAUGGCCACUCUGCGAACCCCACGUACCAGGUCGCGGGCGACUUACAGGACUGGACUGAUGACAUUGAGUAUGCGUAGGACCCCAUGACAGAUUACCACCAUGGGAUGGAGGGGAGGCGGAGGCAGAGCAGCAUGCAGGUCGUCGACUCCACCGCCUGGCUACGUCGUGCGCACUUGGCAUCUAGCAUUUACAGCAUCGGCACGGGAAGUUUUGUCUACUGGGGGCGGUAGUGUAUUGUCUAUCGCCUCGAUCACUCACUUUUUGGAGUUU